AUGUCUUAUCCUAAUGUUUUAUUUCACAAGUUGAUCUUGCAAAGUUGCGAGGAAUUCGCGGAGCACACUGCUCUGGUGCAAGAUGAGCAAGUUAUUAAAUUUGGGGAUAUUCCCAAAUUGGUUUCGAGAAUGAUAUCCAAACUUCUAACAUUAGAGAUCGCGUCGGGUGAUGUAGUAUUGGUGUGCUUUCCCAAUUCUCCAUGGUAUCCUAUAUUGUUCCUGGCUUGUGCUCAAAUCGGAGCAAUCAUGUCAGGAAUUAGCCCGACUUCAACUAAUGACGAGUUUUCUUACUACUUAAAAAAUUGCUGCGCAAAGGUUGUUUUUAUAAGCGAAGGAAGCGAAAAAAAAGAUGAUUGGACAUCGGAAGACAUAAUAAUUGAAACGUUGCCUGAAAAACUGAACGAGUUUGAUUGGGGAGAACUUCGAGUUCAUCUUGACGAUCCGCAAUCAAUUGAUUCCGUUAUUCUUGCUCCAUUCUCUAGCGGAACUACAGGUCUUCCAAAAUGUUGCCUUUUGACUCAUCGCAACUUCUUAGCAUCAACAUAUGCGUUAAAAAAAGCUUUGUUCGACGAUCUUCUUCAAAGCAGUACCAAAAAGACACUAGCAUUUCUUCCGUUUUAUCACGCUUCUGGAUUUUGGGCUCUAUUGUAUUGCCUAUUGGAAGGUUGCACAACCUAUAUUAUGUCCGACUUUCAUCCGAUGAUUAUGAUGGAUAUAAUUGAGAAAUACAAGAUUGAUACUAUAAAUAUUGUCCCAUCAAUUGCUAACAUUCUAAUUAAAAUCGGAAACUUUUAUGGAAGAUGUCCUAGUUUACGAACCAUUUUAUGCGGCGCUUCACAUCUAAGCAAAGAGAGAUGCAAGAAGCUGCUUUCAAUGUUCCCGCAAAUCACCAAUUUCCUUCAAGGUUAUGGAAUGACCGAAUUAGUUGUUCUCAGCCAUAUCACUCCAUUCAAUGACAAUUUCGAACAUCUCGGUUCAUGCGGCAAACUACUUCCCGGAUUCGAAGCCAAACUAUUAUAUUCAACAAACAGUUUUGAUAGCGGCGAACUCCUUCUGAAGUCUGAUGCAAUAAUGAAACAAUACAAACAUGGGUUGAAGAAUGUUGACGAUGAUGGUUGGCUGCAUACAGGAGAUAUUGUGAAAAUUGACAAAGGCUUUUAUUAUGUGGUUGACAGAAAGAAAGACUUGAUUAAAGUCAAUGGAUUUCAAGUCUCACCAACAGAAAUAGAGAAUGCUAUUCUCAUGUCGGAGAGAGUUGCAGAUGUGGCUGUUGUUGGCAUAGAAGAUGAGCUAUGUGGACAAUUACCAAAAGCAUAUAUCGUUCUUGAGGAAGGCACGGAUGAGCUCCUGUUUUACAAACAUAUUGAGCAUUUACUAAGAGAAAAAUUAUCAUCAAUUAAACAGCUUCGCGGCGGAAUAUCGAUCGUCAAUGAAUUGCCAAAAUCAGCAAGUGGCAAAGUUCAGAAGCACAAAUUGGUUUAUUAUUAA